CACUAUUACACGACCUAACACAUCGAUACGUACAAGAUUUACCAAUUCCUAAAAAGUAAAAACAAAACAAGAACAAGAAGAAGAAGAAGAAGAUAAUUCAAAACGGUAUCUUUCUCUCUCCUUCCCCUUCCUCCUGCCUCCUCCAUCAUCAUUCCCUCUGUUUUCCAGAAUUAAGAAUUUUCCUUCUUUCUUUGAUCUAAAUCUAAGCUCUAUCAUUCUUACUUUUCACUUAAUUCCACCCAAAUUCACUAUCAAACCCAGCAAUUUGGUAAGCUUUUUCAAAGAUUUUGAGGUAAUCAUAUUCAUUUCUGCUUUAUCAAUUGCAUGAUCGUUUCUUGAACUCAGAAUUUGAUUGCUAAAACCCUAGAUAUAUGAUAUAGCAAGAUUCACCAUGAUUCCCUUAUUUCUUCUGUGAUCUGUUGAUGUACAAACUAACCCAUCUUGUAUAAGUUUCUGGGUUUUUAUUUCCAUCUUGUAAUUUUGAUGUAUAUGUAAACCUAAUUUGAUUUAAACUCUGGAAUUUGGCUUGAUUAGUUAUGGAUAAUAGAUAUGGUUCUGCACCUCCAUAUCCUUAUGGUUAUCCACCCCCAAGUCAGCCAUACCCACCACCCCAAACUUCUGAGGUAUACCCACCACCCCAACAAACUUCUGAGGUAUACCCACCAUCCCCACAUUCCCCAUAUCAAUACCCAUAUGCUUCUCCUUACCCCAAUCCAUACUCGCAACCGGCUUACCCGUAUCCGCCACACCCGUAUCCUCAACCUGGUUACUCAAAUCCACCUUCUAGACCUUACUCAUAUUCAGGUCCACUUCCUCAAACUACUGCAGCUCCACCAAGUUUACAGCAUAGUAGUAGUUUUCAGUAUGGUUCAUCGCAUUACCAUUAUCCUGAUUCGAGUGCAUACACGCCUCCUAAUGCCCUUCACCAGCUUCCACCCAGCAAUAGCUUUAACAGUGCCCAUGGACAAGAUAAUUUAGUGAGUGAGUUUCCAGGAAGUAGUGGGGUUGGUGUUGGUAAUAGGCCUUCGAAUGCUUCUAUAUAUCCUCCUUUGGAUGACCUGAUGUCGGAUAUGCGAUUGUCUGAUAAUCGCCCAUCUGCCCCUGCCUCACCUCCAGCACCUUCUGUGCCUUUAAUGGAAAACUUAGCUCUGACAACCCCAGCAAGUCCUAGUGGAGACUUUGGUUAUCCUGGCAGCAUGUAUGGGACACAUUCUAGAAGUCCUAGUUGGGAUAGUUGUUUCUCUUAUGUGAACAGCUGUGCUGGUUCUCCAUGUUCAUCCAAUCUUGAGACUGCAGGCAUGCAGGUUGUGCCCUAUCAGAAAGGGUCACUGAAGGUUUUGCUUUUGCAUGGAAAUUUGGAUAUAUGGGUUUACGAGGCAAAGAACCUUCCGAAUAUGGACAUGUUUCAUAGAACACUUGGUGACAUGUUUGGUAAAUUUCCAGGGAAUGUAGGCAAUAAAAUUGAUAGCCAUGUGUCUCGUAAGAUCACUAGUGAUCCAUAUGUUUCAAUAACAGUCUGCGAUGCUGUAAUUGGAAGGACUUAUGUGAUCAGUAACGAAGAGAAUCCUGUGUGGAUGCAGCACUUCACUGUUCCAGUGGCACAUCGUGCUGCUGAAGUGCACUUCUUGGUCAAGGAUAGUGAUGUUGUGGGAUCCCAGCUCAUAGGAAGUGUAACAAUUCCUGUGGAACAGUUAUAUUUAGGGGCAAAAGUUGAGGGCACAUAUCCUAUCCUUAAUGGUAGUGGGAAGCAGUGUAAGGCUGGAGCUGUCUUGAGCGUUUCAAUUCAAUAUACACCGAUCAAGAAUCUAAGUAUUUAUCACCAUGGAGUUGGUGCUGGCCCUGAUUAUCAAGGGGUUCCUGACACAUAUUUUCCUCUUAGGAAAGGAGGAACAGUUACUCUUUAUCAGGAUGCUCAUGUUCCUGAUGGUUGCCUUCCAGAGUUUAUGCUUGACCGAGGAAUGAAAUAUGUGCAUGGAAAGUGUUGGCAAGACAUUUUUGACGCGAUACGACAAGCAAGACGGCUGAUAUAUAUUACUGGUUGGUCAGUUUGGCAUAAGGUUAAAUUAGUUCGUGAAAGUGGUAAUCAUGCAUCUGACUCUAGCCUGGGAGAGCUUCUUAGGUCCAAAUCAGCAGAAGGAGUGAGGGUUCUGCUUCUUGUGUGGGAUGAUCCAACUUCAAGAAGCAUAUUGGGCUAUAAAACGGAUGGAAUUAUGGCAACCCAUGACGAGGAGACUCGACGCUUCUUUAAGCAUUCGUCAGUGCAAGUGCUACUUUGUCCCCGCAUUGCUGGAAAAAGGCACAGCUGGGUGAAACAAAGGGAAGUUUCAACAAUUUAUACCCACCACCAGAAAACUGUGAUUGUUGAUGCUGAUGCUGGCAAUAAUAGAAGAAAAAUCUUAGGAUUCGUUGGCGGGCUUGACUUAUGUGAUGGGAGAUAUGAUACUCCAGUCCAUCCUCUAUUCAAAUCUCAGCAAACAGUGCACAAAGAUGACUACCACAACCCUUCCUUCCAAGGAAAUACCACAGAUUGCCCAAGAGAACCAUGGCAUGAUUUGCAUUGUAAAAUUGAUGGGCCUGCAGCAUACGAUCUUCUUGCCAACUUUCAACAACGAUGGUUAAGAGCUUCGAAGGCACAUGGAAUUAAAAAAUUAAAAACGCCUAGUGAUGAUGCUUUACUGUUAAUUGAGCGCUUGCCUGACAUUGUUGGUAUAGCUGAUGUUCCUUGCCUUAGUGAGCAUGAUCCAGAAUCUUGGCAUGUACAGGUUUUUCGGUCUAUCGACUCCAGUUCUGUGAAAGCUUUUCCGAAGAAUCCAAAGGAAGCUACUAGCAUGAAUUUAGUAUGCGGGAAGAAUGUAUUGAUUGACAUGAGCAUACAUACAGCAUAUGUGAAGGCUAUUCGAGCUGCCCAACACUACAUUUAUAUAGAGAAUCAAUAUUUCAUUGGCUCUUCAUAUAAUUGGAGUGCUCACAAAGACUUGGGUGCUAACAAUUUGAUUCCCAUGGAAAUCGCUCUAAAAAUUGCUGAGAAGAUCAAAGCUCAUGAGAGAUUCGCUGCAUAUAUUGUUGUCCCGAUGUGGCCAGAGGGUAUUCCAACAGGUGCCGCUACUCAAAGGAUUCUCUUUUGGCAGAACAAAACAAUGCAAAUGAUGUAUGAAACCAUCUACAAGGCCCUAGUAGAAGUUGGCCUUGAGGAAGCUUAUACACCCCAAGAUUACUUGAACUUCUUCUGCCUUGGUAACCGUGAAGCUCCAGAUGGAAGUCCUGCAUCAGCUGGAGGCCCCCAUCCUCCUAACAGCCCACAGGCUAUGUGUCAAAAGAGCAGAAGAUUCAUGAUCUACGUCCACUCCAAAGGCAUGAUAGUUGAUGACGAGUAUGUGAUUUUGGGUUCUGCAAACAUCAAUCAGCGGUCAAUGGAGGGAACUAGGGACACUGAGAUUGCUAUGGGAGCCUACCAGCCUCAUUACACAUGGGCCAAAAAAACAGCACAUCCUUAUGGACAGAUAUAUGGGUAUAGAAUGUCCCUUUGGGCAGAACAUCUUGGACUUGUUGAUGACUGCUUUACUGAACCAGAAACUAUUGAAUGUGUAAGAAGAGUAAGGGGUUUGGGUGAAAUGAAUUGGAGACAAUUCGCAGCUCCGGAGAUCACAGAAAUGACGGGACACCUCCUUAAAUACCCUGUCGAAGUUGACCGAAGGGGUAAGGUCAAACCCCUUCCAGGGUGUGAAAAUUUUCCUGAUCUCGGUGGUAGAAUUUGUGGCUCUUUCCUUGGAAUUCAAGAGAAUCUCACCAUCUGAUAACUUAAUCACCACCAUCUUACGACCAUUAAUUGUUAAGAUUGUCAGCAGAGAGCUCAAUUUUGAUGUAUACCUAUAGCUUUAUAGUUUUACUUGUUUCCAUCCGAGGAUGUAAUUUAGCGUAAUAAUUGUGAUUUUGUUUGGUACAUAAUUUUUUUUGCCACCCAAACUUCUCUAGACAUUUAGUCAUGUACUGAUAAGAAAAUAUAUAUACAAGUAGGGCUGUAUUGAAAAGUGUUGUACUCUAAUAAAAUUUUCCAAUGUAUACCUUUAACUAUGAAUAUUUUGUAAAUUGCAAUAAUAGUUUUGAAUUCUAUUUAAACA